UACAGGGUCCUGAAUCCUGAUCCUUUCUGGGGAUCCAGCAGAGGGCUCCCGGCUGCUGCUUCCAAGUCUGAAGGCAGCUGUCUUUUCCGCCUCCUUUUCGCCGGCUGCAUCCGGGGUUGAGCUUCCUGGGUCAGCAAGCGGCGGCUGCUGCUGCUGCAUCCAUAGUGACCUGGGCGUCCGUGAGACCUCCCCACCCCGCCCCCUGCACCCUGCAGCGGAAGCUGUCCCCAGGGGGAUGCCACAACCCGAUCCUUGCAACCCGAUCCCAGGAGUGGGAGGCUAGAUCGGGCUGCAAACGCCGCCAUUACUCCGCUCCCGGGGAGGGGGAGGAGCAGCAGGCAACCCCGGGCUCUCUUAACUAUUAACUCCAGAGCAGCUGGAAACUGCAGGGCAUUGAAAGGCAAGGCUGAGCCCGAGAAAGCAGAGAAGAAGCAAGCAAGCCACGCUUGAAAUCUCUCCGGAGAGAGGCUCCGAAAGGUCAGGAGCAGAAUCGGCAAGGAUGGAGCCGGGCUGCAGUCUCUCCACUUGCUUAAUUUGAGAUCCUACCACAUGUUUAAGUGUGGAGGACGGUUGUCGUUUCAGGGGUUCCCCACUUCUGCUGAAGCACCCGGCGACCAACAUCAUGCAGGAGAACUAUGACAACGUCAUCUCGCUGGCGGAGGAGAUCGCCAUCAGUUGGCCCCGGAUAACAGCUUUCGCUGAGUCCCACAGGAUGAGAGGACUUGUGCCUGACGAGCCCGACCAGAGCCAAGCAGAACAGACCCCGAUGCAUGAUUCGACGGCAGCUGGCCCCAGCGAAAGUGGGAUGAAUGCCGACCUCCGACGGCAGCUGGGCCUCAUUCUGCAGACAGCCGGCAGGAACCAGGUGGAGAAGAUGUUGCGGGAGCUGGUGAAAGAGCAGAGCCAGGAAGGGAAGCGGAAAGCCCGGAAGAAGGCGCCAAAAAGCCCCAAGGAUGAAGCCGCUGAGGAGAACGAAGAGGUGCCACUUCAGGGGGAAAUCAGCCUGGAGAAGGCAGAGCCGCCAGGUUCCCCUUCAACGGGGAGAUCCAACAGCCCAGACGAGGCGGAAGAAGCCAGCGGUGGCCGGUGCCAGCCGGACCUGGAGGAGAGGCAGCUGCCGCGAGUGCCAGCAAUCUGUCCACCGGAGGCCAAGGCUCCCAAGAAGCUCCAAGACCAGCAGGAAAGGCCGGGAGUGUGCGUGGAGUGUGGGAAGAGCAACGUGAGCCUCAGCAGGCGAGGCCACAGCACCCUGACCCCGGAGAGGCCGCACCAAUGCGCCGAGUGCGGGCGCUGUUUCCGUCAGCGCUCCAUCCUGGCCAAGCACCAGAAGAUCCACUCGGGUGAGAAGCCCUACCCGUGCACGGCCUGCGGCAAGCGCUUCAACCGCAGCUCCAACCUGGCUCAGCACCGGCGGGUGCACACAGGUGAGCGCCCCUUCCCCUGCACCGCCUGUGGCAAGGCCUUCACCCAGAAGUCCGACCUGGAGCGCCACCAGCGGGUGCACACGGGCGAGCGCCCCUACGCCUGCCGUGACUGCGGCAAGCGCUUCUCCGUCAGCUCCCACCUCGACCGCCACCGCCGCACCCACCGCCACGGCCUCCGGGAGGAGGAGGAGCCCCCGGCGGCCGCCGCCCCGGCUGCCCACAGCUGCCCCGAUUGCGGGAAAUGUUUUGGGCAGCGCUCGGCGCUCUCUAAGCACCGCAAGACUCACUCCGGGGAGCGCCCCUACCAGUGCGGCGCCUGCGGCAAACGCUUCAGCCGCAGCUCCAACCUGGCGCAGCACCAGCGCAUCCACACGGGCGAGCGGCCUUUCCCGUGCGGCGACUGCAGCAAGCGCUUCAUCCAGCGCUCCGACUUGGAGCGGCACCAGCGCGUGCACACGGGCGAGCGCCCUUACACCUGCGCGCAGUGCGGGCGCGGCUUCUCUGUCAGCUCCCACCUCGACCGGCACCAGAGGGUCCACCAAGCCCAAGCAGCCGCUGCGGCCGCCCACCGUUGCCCUGAACACAUCAAGGGGUUCCUUCUUGGGGCGGGCAGCAAAGUGGGCUUGAAACACCCUCUCUGCGGCAGCGCCAAGGGACGCUUCACGCGCAGCAGCCACUGCCUGGACUGUGGGAAGAGCCUGGGCAAAAUGCCGCCGCUGUCGCUGCAACCGCCGGCGGAGAAGCCCUUCAAGUGCGAGGAUUGCGGGAAAGCUUUCGCCCAGCGCUCGGCGCUGGUGAAGCACCAGCGCAUCCACACUGGGGAGAAGCCGUUCUCCUGCGCCGACUGUGGCAAGGCCUUCAUCCAGAGGUCGGACUUGACCAUCCACCGGCGGAUGCACACGGGCGAGAAGCCGUACCGCUGCGACGCCUGCGGCAAGUGCUUCAGCGUCAGCUCCAACCUGCUGACGCACCAGCGCACCCACCUGGGCGAGAAGCCCUACGCCUGUGGGGAGUGCGGGAAGGCCUUCAUCCAGCGCUCCGAGCUCACCAUCCACCAGCGCACCCACACCGGGGAGAAGCCCUACAAGUGUGGCGUCUGCGGCAAGUGCUUCAGCCGCAGCUCCCACCUCAACCGGCACCAGCGCACCCACAGCAACAGCAAGGCCUCCUCGGCCGGCAGCGCCGGGGCGGCCCACACCACACUGCUGGCCGGCAGCGCUGCCAAACCUGCCGCUCCCCUGCCCGCCUCGGCCUUCUCAGCCUCCUUCGCUUCGCCUGGGCCCCUGCCCUCCCUGCCUUCCUUCCCCUCUUCUAUCUCGUCCCUCCCGAUCCCUUCUUUGGACCUGCCCUGGUCUCUGUCCUUUCCCUCUCGAGGCUUUUCCCACUCGUCCUUCUCUUCCCCUUCCCCCGGCGGGGCCCAGGCUUCAUCUCUGAUCAACUAAAUCCUGCCCAUCCGACAGCUGCGCACACACCAUAUGUUGAAAGCUCCCCUCCAAAGAAUCCUGAGAACUGUAGUUUGUUAAGAGUGCUGGGAACUGUAGCUCUCUCUCUCUCUCUCUCUCCCUCUCCCUCUCCCUGUGUGCAAACGAUAAUUCUAGGAUUUUUUGUGGAGGGGUGUGUGUGCUUCAGACGUGUGGUUAAGUCUCCAUUUCCUGCCUGGUGCUCUCCUUUUCCAUCUAAUGGCCUCCUCUCAUUCAUCCCAGCUCUGUUCUCGUUCUGCUUCCCUGGUUAAACUAGCGCCAGCUCAUGCCCCGGUUACAAUGGCUUUGGCUCAUCCACUCACCUGGUGAGCAUCCCUCAUCGCAGGCAAGUUUCUUCCCCUUGGCUGGGAUGAAUGAUGCCACUGAAGGGAGCCAGUGACGAGUGAGACUGCACUGUGAGAAGGAAGAUUCCCCUCUGAACCUGAGUGUCUUAAGUUGCAGUCUGCAAGCAGCCUUUGGCUUGACAUGAAGGUCUUUUUAAUAGGAGGGACCCUUCAGAACUCCAGACCCACCACUCUCCUGAACGAACACCGCUCUGUGGACUUGAAAUGACGGAGGACUGCAAAAGUUGAACCACUGUUUAUGUAGUUGGAAAGGACCAAGAGGGUCAUCUAAUCCAGCCCAAUCUUUUUCCCAACGUGAGACUCGAACCCGUGACCCUGAGAUUAAGAGUCUGCUGCUCUGCCAACUGAGCUAUCCGGUUGUGCUUGGGGCUCCGUGAUCAUGAAAGCGGGCUGUCUCCUGCAGGGGUGGGGGACCUGUGUGAGGUUGGCUGAAUGGGAGCUCGAAUCCAACCACAUCCGGAGGGUCAGAGGUUAGCCGCCCUUACCCUGUUGCCCACACACCCUUUCGUCCUGUGCUUCUCAUUCCUCCUGUUCACAAACGAAUCCAGCCUUCUUGGUGAUCUUCAGAAGUUUUGGACUACAACUCCCAUCAGCCCCAGCCAGCAAAAAUAUAGUGUAGUCCAAAAUAUCUGGAGGGUGCCAGAUUGGCAAAGGUUGACAUAACCUAAUGCAGACGAGCUUGCGCCAUAUGAUUCAUUCACACAAGGGGUUUUUUUUAAGCAUGGAAAAGGAGGAGGAUUGGAUUCUUCUAUGAUUCUAAACUGCAUUUAAAGAACAGGAGGGGUGAUACUCCUGAUUAAUCGAGACCAUAGAGAGGUCCCAUAAUGUAGAAGCAGCAUGGAAGGCAGGAGAAAGGGCUGUGAGUCCAAGGUUUGUUAAAAGGCAGUCAACGUACAGGUGAAACUCGGAAAAUUAGAAUAUCGUCGUAAAGUGCAACUUAUUAUUUUUAAUUUUUCUUUUAAUUUUUACAAAUGCUUUCUUUUGGAAAUUCCACAGUAAUAAAACAAAUAGUUACAAUAAUACAAAAAUAAACAAAAACAAACAUCGCUAUUACAUUUCAUUAAUUACAUUCCAUUUAUAAUUGACCCCCUAACGACAAAUAAUUACAACAAAUAAAGGCUUGACAUAUCUUGCUUUGCAUGUCAUGCAUCUAUCUCAUAUAUUGGUUUCACCUUUUAAGUUGCAUUACUGAAAUAAAUGCACUUUUCGACGGUAUUCCAAUUUUCCGAGUUUCACCUGUAUAUUCAGGCUACCUUUUGAAGUCUGGAAAAGUGAUUCUAAGUAGCUUCAGCUUUCAUGAAAAAGGUCCCUGUUUGCACCAUCCGUAUAAACGACUAUUCUACCAUUUUAAACAGCCAUGGUUUCUCCAAAAGAACCUGAGAACUGUAAUUUGUUAAGCAUGUUGAGAGUCAUCAGGAGACCCCUAUUCCUCUCACAGAACUAAGAUUUCCAGAGUCCUGGAAAGGACAACUGAUCAUGAAGCAACUCUGGGAAUCGUAGCUCUGAGAGGGGAAUAGGGGUCUCCUGACAACUCUCGGCACCCUUAAACUACAAUUCCCAGGAUUCUUUUUUUUGGGAGGGGGGAGUGAUGAUUGUUUAAAGUGGUGUGAUACUGCUUUAAACGUAUCGUGUAGAUGGGGGUCUUAGAAACUGGGAUUAAUAUAUAUUAGAUUAAUCUGGACUAAAAGAUUGUCAAACAUCUGCCUGGAUUAGGGGGCAGCAGAUUUCCAUCCGGGGGGGGGGGAGGCUGUAUAAUCUUGCAUCUACCCUGAUGAUUUUAUUCUGCAGUUUGCACCCUUUCUGCCUCUUCCUUUCCCCAAUUCUGCUACCUCCAACUCUUCAUCUCUCUUCUUCAUCCCGCCUGAUUCCAUGCAUAUUUACUUGGAUAAAAUCCGCAGUGAGUUCAGUGGGUUUACUUCCAUGUAAGGCGAGGUGGCCUGUUGUCUUUGUCCAUGGAGUUUUCUUGGCAGGAAUACUGGAGUGGCUUGCCAGUUCCUUCUCCAGGUGGAUCACGUUUAGUCAAAACUCUCCACUAUGACCUGUCCAUCUUGGGUGGCCCUGCAUGGCAUAGCUCAUAGCUUCUCUGAGUUACUCAAGCCCCUUCGCCACGACAAGGCAUUGAUCCAUGAAGGGGGUCACGAAGAGUCGGACACGACUAAAUGACUAAACAACAACAACGGCGAGGUGGGGAAAUUGUGGCCCUCCAGAGGCUGUUGGACUGCUACUCCCAUGAGCUCUCCAGCCAACAUGGCCAAUUUAUCAUGGGCAAUGGGAGUUGUAGUCCAACAGCCUCUGGAGGGCUGCAGGUUUCCUCGGCCCAGAAAAGUUUCCAUUGGAUUGCACCCAUUAGCACACCUGUAUCUCAUUCCCUUUGGCCUCUUCAGUUUGGCAACAUCUGCACAUAGCUGCCAAGUUUUCCCUUUUCUCGCGAGGAAGCCUAUUCAGCAUAAGGGAAUUUCCCUUAAAAAAAAGGGAGAACUUGGCAGCUAUGCAUCUGCAUCAGUGGUUCGGAUUGCUUUAGCAGCCAUUUUCUGCUCCCCAAGAAAGGUCUUUUCAACGUGAGCAGAAAGCCGAGGAGAAAACAUACAAUAUAAUCGAGUUCUGAGGUUGUAUGCUUCAGCUUGAGAGAGGGGAAUCACAAUUUUUUAAAAAGUGCACACCUAUCUGAGGGAUUUCUUGCUGUUAGGUUGCGACAGAAGGAAAGGUGAGUUAGAAACUUUCUGCUUAUACACUAGUUGUUUUGUGUGUGUGGUUUUUUUUUUUUAAGAAAGUGGUACAGCUCACGCUUCAGUCUCAUUUCCCCACCACAUUGAGGAGACCAGGCCAAAGCCUAAAUUUUCCUGAAAAUUCCUGUUAACAAAGUACCCUUGCCAAACUAACAGUUCCUGGGAUGGGGCGCUCUUGACAGUUCAAAACCACUUUAAUGUAGAUUUGCCUUCCUUGGUGUUCCUAACACCAAACUGGCUUCUCUUUGUAUCUUCUUGCUUUCGGGGCGCCUUCACGCUGCUGGGAAAGGCAGACCUCUCACACUGUUACCAUCAACUCGGUGCUGUUAAUGUUAUGGUGCAUCUGUAGAAAGGAAACAUGGAAGACGUGCUGCUUUUUUUGGGGGGGGGGUCCUGUAGGGUUUUCAUACUUGGGGAGACCAAAAAGACAACGGAUUGUGUUUGACCGGUUGCUGCUGAAAGGACAGAGGCAGGUAGCAGAUUUAUGUGCCUUGCCUCCAGGCAUUUCCCUGCCAUCUCCCAACCUGGAGGAGAUAACUGCCUUUGACUUGAAGCUAUCUGCAUCUGGGGGCAAAGGAAAAUAAAUAAAUAUGUACAUUGCAUUAAGAGAUCUCUGGUGGGAAAAGGCUUCCCCAUUGUCCCAAGUUCAAAAGGCUUCGCAGCUCACGGUACUGCUGAAUUGUGCAUUUUAGCAGAUCAAAAUAUUGAUGAGCAUCUUUUCACACGCACACAACAUCCUUUUUAUUGUUGGUAUUAUUGAUAUUAUUGUUUGUGUUGUUAGUUUUUUUUUUGUUUUUGUAUCGAGUGUAAAACUGGCUAAGUUUUAUUUUUAUUAUUAUUGAUGCUGAUGAGGUUGGGGUUUUUUUGGGGGGAGGAGUAGAAUUUCUAAACUGUGAAGAAAAUAAAAAGAGAAGACACGGAAUGGUGGAUUUUUUAUUUAUUUAUUUUUUUAGGAAGCGGAAAAUCCAUAAAGGCUUGCUUAAAUUUUGACGUUAGGUUAAAAACCAAACACCGAAACCUUAAAGAAGUUUGGUCAAGGGUUUCAAAGAAGGAUGUCAAAAACGCUAGAGUGAUUAAUUUAUGAGAAGGUGCACACUUAAAAUGCAAUGCCCAGAGACCUUGCUGCUUUUACAGACUCAGGCCGAACACUGAAACAGCAAGCAUUUGCCAUGACUGUCCACAAGAGGCUAAUAUGUUAAGCAUUACUUAUACAGAAAAUAUCUUACGUCCAGUGGCUAAUUAAGCCGACCUGUCUAUAGAGACAUGGGUAGCAGGCCUCCAAACUGCGCUGACAACUCCCAUCCCUAGGCUCCAGCAUCUGAAGCCAACAGAUAAGCAUAGCAUCAAAGCAAGAGUGAAAGGGAUGC